UCCAGAAAAGAUUAAGAGUCAAAGAAGACAAAAAAGCUCCUGUGUACUGCCCAGGCUUGGUUACUAAUAUUCCUGACACAAUGCAAUCCUGCACUCUGCUUGUCGUUUUGGCUCUGGCACUUGUGGCUGUUGUUUUUUCUGCACCUACGGAUGAUAGGUCCAUGGUGUUGCUGAAAUAUCUAAAUGGUGACCAUGAUGCUGAUACCUCAACAGACAGUACUGACUUUUCAGUCUCAGUAGGUUUCAGAGAAACAUCAGAUUCCUCCAGUGAACAAACAACAAAAGAGGAUGACUCAAAUGGCUCUUCAACAUCCAGUGAUGACAGCUCUAAAGAUGAAACAAAGGAAGAUAAAGAGAAAUCAGAUGAAGACAAGAAAGAUACAGAUGAAUCAGACUCUGCAGGAAAUGAUUCCCAAGAGCCUGAAGAUAAAGAUACUUCAGAGUCCGAAGAAAAUUCAAUUGAUGAGGCUCUGAAGUCUUUGAAGUCAGACGCCAGUGACAGCGACAGUACAAGCAGCCAAGAUAAGGAUAGUGAGUCCAGUGAGGACAAAGACAGUCACCACAGCCACGAUAAAGACAGCGAGUCCAGUGAGGACAAGGACAAGGACAAGGACAAGGACAGUCACCACAGCCAUGAUAAAGACAGCGAGUCCAGUGAGGACAAGGACAGUCACCACAGCCACGAUAAAGACAGCGAGCCCAGUGAGGACAAGGACAAGAACAGUCACCACAGCCAUGAUAAAGACAACGAGUCCAGUGAGGACAAGGACAGUCAACGCAGCCACGAUAAAGACAGUGAGUCGAGUCAGGAGAAGGACAGUUCCAGCAGCCACGAUAAAGACAGCGAGUUGACCCAGAAGAAGAACAGUUCCAGCAGCCAUGAUAAAAACAGCGAGUCCAGUCAGGAGAAGGACAGUUCCCACAGCCAUGAUAAAGACAGUGAGUCCAGUGAAGACAAGGACAGUUCCAGCAGCCAUGAUAAAGAGAGUGAGUCCAGUGAGGACAAGGACAGUCACCACAGCCACGAUAAAGACAGUGAGUCCAGUGAGGACAAGGACAGUUCCAGCAGCCAUGAUAAAGACAGCAAGUCGAGUCAGGAGAAGGACAGUUCCCACAGCCAUGAUAAAGACAGCGAGUCCAGUGAAGACAAGGACAGUUCCAGCAGCCAUGAUAAAGACAGCGAGUCGAGUGAGGACAAGGACAAUCACCACGGCCACGAUAAAGACAACGAUGACAAGGAUGAAGACACCUCCGAGACUGAAUCAAAAGAUGACACAGAAUCUGCCAGCAAGGAGACAGACUCUACUGAUUCAAGUGAUCAAGUAGAUCCACUAGACAGACCAAUCCACAGUACAGAAAGUACUCAUGGUACUCCCGGUCCCGAUGAUGAGGGCAGCGUCCCACCAAGAAAUUCCUAGUGUUCUAGUGUUAUGCUGCUAGAUUCUGUGCUUUCCUACUGAACCAGAGACAGAAAGACGCCGAGACUCACCUAAAAGAGUAAAGAGAUCCUGGUACAAUCUAAACCCAUAAGAUACUGCACCAAAGCCGAAAAAUUGUUCAAUGUCUCCAUUAUUUCAAUACUCAAUUUUCCUAUUGAGAAAUGGCUGAUGGAUUUUCAUAGGGCUAUGGAGAAAAAAUGCAUUAUUAUACUACUGGUAUACUGUACAUUGUUUUGAGCUCGCUUUAUUUUAUUUACUGUAAGCAAUAUUGAGAACCUUUAUGCUCCCUCCUCAAACCUGUGUCAACCUGUCCAUAUAUUUUGAUUGCCUUUACUUUUUGAUGGUGAAAUAUUUUGACGUAUUCUUUCUUAUUAAGAGAAUCAACUGAUAAGAUGCUGACUUUCAGAAUGAAACUGAAACUAGAUUGACAUUUGUAGGGUUUCUCUUUUGUCUAGGGUUUCUAGUGUGUCUAUUGAGAAUAGUGUCUUUUAAUUUGUACAAUCCUACUGACAAGGUACUGUACAUACCUUCCUAAAAUGUAUUUGAGUGUUUGAAACGAAUUCACUUUGUUUAUGGAAUAAAAUAUACAAACUCAGUUUUAAACUGGCCAAGGACUUGCAAUUUGUUUUAUGAAUACAGAUUACAUUUGCGUUUGUAAGUCUAAAUAAAAAAACAUUCAAACACAUA